CGCGUGCGCGCCCGACGCCCUUUUUGCAAACUUCCCGGCCAGCCGAGAAGUUCCUCUUUUCUUGCAGCGGAGCCGCCGAGCCGAGCGAGCCGAGUCCCCGGCCAGGAGCCUUCCAAGCAGCCCUCCGGCCCGUCCCGCCCGCCGCCCGCCAGGAGGGAGGAUCGCAUCCCGGCCGGAGCCGCCGCAGCCGGUCCGGGAAUCCCAUCGGCCGGAGCCGCCGCAGAGUCAGGCGGCGGGAUGCGAUUGCAACCCCUCCGGGGACGGAGCCGCCGCCUCCGCCGCUUCCCGGGGUUGCUGCUCCUGUGGCUGCUGCUGCUGGCCGUCUUGCCCGCCUUCGCUGCAGGCUUGCGAUGUACCCAGCCUUCUGAAUCCUGCUUGAACGGUGGAAAGUGUGAAACCUAUCAAAAUGGAACAGGGGCAUGCCUAUGCUCCAAGGACUUUAUUGGCCAGCGCUGCCAGUUCCCGAAUUUGUGCCUCAGCUCCCCCUGUAACAAUGGUGGCACCUGCCACCCCGUGGUUGAGGGCAACGCACCCGAUUACAUCUGUUCCUGCCGGCUGGGCUACAUCGAUAAGCUGUGCUUGACCAUUGAGGAGAAUGCCUGCCUGAGCGGCCCCUGUCGCAACGGAGGGAGCUGCGAUCUGGUCACCUUGACCGAAUACAAAUGCCGCUGCCCUCCAGGCUGGUCAGGCAAGACGUGUCAGCAGGCCGACCCCUGUGCCUCCAAUCCCUGUGCCAACGGUGGGCAGUGUGUGCCCUUUGAGUCCAGCUACGUGUGCAGGUGUCCGCAGGGCUUCCACGGGGCCACUUGCAAAGAAGACUUGAACGAGUGCAGCCGGACGCCCCCCAUCUGCAAGAACGGGGGCACCUGCGUCAACGAGAUCGGCUCCUACCAGUGCCACUGCCGGCAGGCCUUCACCGGCAUCAAUUGCGAACACCUCUACGUGCCCUGCAACCCCUCGCCUUGCCAGAACGGGGGCACGUGCCAGCAGACCGGAGACGUGGCCUACGAGUGCACCUGCCUUGCAGGUUUCGCGGGCCAGAACUGCGAAGAGAAUCUUGACGACUGUCCCGGAAACAACUGCAAGAACGGAGGCACCUGUGUGGAUGGGGUGAACACCUACAACUGCCAGUGCCCACCUGAAUGGACAGGCCAGUAUUGUGCCGAAGAUGUGGACGAAUGUCAGUUAAUUCCCAACGCUUGCCAGAAUGGCGGCACCUGCCACAACACACACGGGGACUACAACUGUGUCUGUGUGAAUGGUUGGACGGGGGAGGACUGCAGCGAGAACAUUGACGACUGUGCCAGUGCGGCUUGCUCCCCAGGGGCCACUUGCCACGACCGUGUGGCCUCUUUCUACUGCGAGUGCCCGCAUGGGCGCACAGGCUUGCUGUGCCACCUGGAAGAUGCCUGCAUAAGCAACCCUUGCAACGAAGGCUCCAACUGCGACACGAACCCCGUGACUGGGAGGGCCAUUUGCACCUGCCCCUCGGGGUACAUGGGGCCAGCCUGCAACAAGGACGUGGACGAAUGCUUGCUGGGUGCCAACCCCUGCGAGCAUGCCGGGAAAUGCCUCAACACGGAGGGCUCCUUUCAGUGCCAAUGCCAGACGGGCUAUUCGGGUCCCCGCUGCGAGAUAGACGUCAACGAGUGCUCCUCCAACCCCUGCCAGAACGAUGCCACCUGCUUGGACCAGAUUGGGGUCUUCCAGUGCAUUUGCAUGCCAGGUUACGAGGGGGUCUACUGUGAAAUCAACACGGACGAGUGUGCCAGCAGCCCCUGCCUGCACAAUGGGAACUGCGUGGACAAGAUCAACGAAUUUGCCUGCGUGUGUCCCGUGGGAUUUAAUGGUCACCUGUGUCAACAUGACAUUGACGAAUGUGCCAGCACGCCCUGCAAGAACGGAGCCAAAUGUGUGGACGCACCAAAUGCUUACGUGUGUGAAUGCACAGAAGGCUUUUCGGGCACUCACUGCGAGACGGACAUCAAUGAAUGUGACCCUGACCCCUGCCACUACGGCACGUGCCGGGAUCGCAUUGCCACCUAUAGCUGCCUCUGCCAGCCUGGGUACACCGGGCGCCUCUGUGACACCAACAUCAACGAGUGCCAAAGCCAACCCUGUAAGAAUGGAGGCACCUGCCAGGACAGGAACAACGCCUACACCUGCUUCUGUCUCCGAGGCACUACAGGGCCCAAUUGUGAGAUCAACCUGGACGAAUGUGCCAGCAACCCUUGUGAUUAUGGCAAAUGCGUGGACAAGAUCAACGGCUACGAAUGCGCCUGUGAGCCAGGAUACACAGGGAGGAUGUGCAGCAUCAACGUGGAUGAGUGUGAAAGCAACCCUUGCCACAAUGGGGGCACCUGCAAAGAUGGCAUCAACGGAUUCACGUGUGUCUGCCCGGAAGGUUUCCAUGACUCCAUGUGCCUCUCGGAAGUGAACGAGUGCAGCAGCAACCCUUGCGUCCACGGGAGAUGCCACGAUGGGCUGAAUGGCUACAAGUGCGAUUGUGACGCGGGCUGGAGUGGGACGAACUGUGACAUCAACAACAACGAAUGUGAGUCGAGCCCUUGUAUGAAUGGUGGAACCUGCAAGGAUAUGACGAGCAGCUACAUUUGCACCUGCCAGGAGGGAUUCAGUGGAACCAACUGCCAGAUCAACAUCAACGAAUGUGCCUCCAACCCUUGCCUGAACCAGGGAACCUGCAUUGAUGACGUUGCUCGCUACCAGUGCAACUGCCUUCCACCCUAUACAGGUCCCACCUGCCGGGAAGUGCUGGCGCCCUGCGCAGAUGGUCCCUGCAAGAAUGGGGGCCAAUGCAGAGAGUCGGAGGACUACGAGAGUUUCUUGUGCGCCUGCCUUCCAGGGUGGCAAGGCCAAACUUGUGAGAUUGACAUCAACGAGUGCGUCAAGAGCCCCUGUCGGAACGGCGCCGCGUGCCAAAACACCAACGGGAGCUACCGCUGCGUGUGCAAACCUGGUUUCACAGGGGGCAGCUGUGAAACGGACAUCGAUGACUGUCAACCCAAUCCCUGCCACAACGGGGGCUCCUGUUCUGACAGCAUCAACGGCUUCUCCUGCAACUGCCUGGCGGGCUUCCAGGGCCCCGAAUGCCAGGAAGAUGUGGACGAGUGUGCCAGCGAUCCCUGCAAGAACGGGGCCAACUGCACAGACUGUGUGAACAGCUACACCUGUACGUGCCCGUCGGGCUUCAGUGGGAUCCACUGUGAGCACAACACUCCAGACUGCACGGAGAGCUCCUGCUUCAAUGGGGCGACCUGUGUGGACGGCAUCAACACCUUCACGUGUGUCUGCCCGCCCGGCUUCACUGGCAUUUAUUGCGAGCACGACAUCAACGAGUGCGACUCCAGACCCUGCUUGAAUGGGGCGACUUGCCAGGACAGCUACGGGACUUACAAAUGCACCUGCCCGCAGGGGUACACUGGACUCAAUUGCCAGAGCCUGGUCAACUGGUGCGACUCGUCUCCCUGUAAGAAUGGAGGGAAGUGCUGGCAGAUCAGUAAUCACUACCGCUGCGAGUGCCCGAGCGGCUGGACUGGCCUGUACUGCGACGUACCCAACGUCUCUUGCGAGGUGGCUGCGCGACGCCAAGGACUGGACGUGUCGCGCCUGUGCAGAAACUCCGGCCUCUGCGUCGACAGGGGCAACACCCACUUCUGCCAUUGCCAGCCUGGCUACACGGGCAGCUACUGUGAAGAGCAAGUGGACGAGUGCUCCCCGAACCCUUGCCAGAACGGGGCGACCUGCACGGACUAUCUGGGCGGCUAUUCCUGCGAGUGCGUGGCUGGCUACCACGGCAGGAACUGCUCGGAGGAGAUCAAGGAAUGUCUUUCCCAUCCCUGCCAAAAUGGCGGCACUUGCAUUGAUCUGCUCAACACCUACAAAUGCUCUUGUCCCCGUGGAACUCAAGGCGUACACUGCGAGAUCAACAUCGACGACUGCAGCCCUGCCACCGACCCCCAGACCCAGACCCCCAAGUGCUUCAACCGAGGGAAGUGCGUGGACAAGGUGGGGGGCUACAGCUGCAUCUGCCUGCCAGGCUUCGUUGGGGAGCGCUGCGAGGGGGACGUCAACGAGUGCCUCUCCAAUCCCUGUGACCAGCGGGGCACCCAGAACUGCGUGCAGAGAGUCAACGAUUACAAGUGUGAAUGCCGCCCAGGAUACACGGGACGGCGCUGUGAAGCAGUGUUCAAUGGCUGCCAGAACAGACCCUGCCGGAAUGGGGGAACCUGCGCCGUGGCCAGCAACACAAAACACGGCUACAUCUGCAAGUGUCCUCCGGGCUUGGAUGGCAUCACGUGUGAAAAUGACCUGCACAGCUGCAAGAUGCUGAGGUGCCUGAAUGGCGGCACCUGCGUUCCCACUUCCAGGCAGUCCAGGUGCAUGUGCGCGCCGGGUUUCACCGGUCCCGAGUGCCAGUUCCCCUUGCACAGCCCGUGCCACUCCGGCCCCUGCUACAACGAGGGCACUUGCCAGUUCACCACAGAGCCGCCCCACUACCGCUGCCUCUGUCCCGUCAACUUCAAUGGCCUCAACUGCCACAUCCUGGACUUUGAAUUCCCCGGAGGGCCUGGCCAGGACAUCACCCCUCCCCCGGUGGAGGAGAAGUGCGAAAUCCCCGGCUGCCCCAGCCUCGCCGGCAACAAGAUCUGCGACGCCAAGUGCAACAACCACGCCUGCGGCUGGGACGGCGGGGACUGUUCGCUCAACUUCAAUGACCCCUGGAAGAAUUGCACCCAGGCCCUGCAGUGCUGGAACUACUUCAACGACGGCAAAUGCGACAUCCAGUGCAAUAACAGCGGCUGCCUCUAUGACGGCUUUGAUUGCCAGAAGGUCGAGCUGCAGUGCAACCCUCUCUACGAUCAGUACUGCAAGGACCACUUUUCCGACGGCAACUGUGACACGGGCUGCAACAGCGCCGAGUGCGAAUGGGACGGCCUCGACUGUGCCAACCACGUUCCCGAGAGGCUUGCCGACGGGACCCUGGUAGUGGUGGUGCUGAUCAGCCCUGAUCUCCUGAGGAACAACUCUCUUAACUUCCUGCGGGAGCUCAGCCGGGUCCUGCACACCAACGUGGUUUUCAAGAAGGACGCCAAGGGCGAGUCCAUGAUCUUCCCUUAUUUUGGGAAUCCGGAAGAACUGAAAAAGCACCGCAUCAAGAGGUCGGUGGGCGGCUGGCCGGACGUGUCUGAAGUGAUGCUCAGCGUGCAGGAAGCUGUCCGCUCGGGGCUCAGCCAGAGGCCAAAGAGAGAGCUGGACCAGGUGGAAAUCUACGGGUCCAUCGUUCACCUGGAAAUCGACAACCGCCAAUGCAUCCAAGCCUCCUCUCAGUGCUUUCAAAGUGCCAACGACGUAGCGGCAUUCCUGGGCGCCUUGGCCUCAAGCGGCAACUUGGACAUUCCCUACAAGAUCGAAGCCGUGAAAAGUGAAACGGCCGAUUCCCCCCGGAGCAGCCAGUGGUAUCCUAUGUAUGUGGUGGUACCUUCUCUCUUUCUGCUCUUCUGCAUUGGCAUCGGAGUUUUGGCAACUCGCAAGCGGCGACGGGAACAUGGGCAGCUCUGGUUCCCCGAAGGCUUCAAAGUGACCGAGUCCAGUAAGAAGAAGCGCCGGGAACCGCUGGGAGAGGAUUCCGUGGGGCUGAAACCCUUGAAAAAUGCUUCGAACGGGACCCUGAUGGACGACAACCAGAAUGAGUGGGGAGACGAGGAGACCCUCAACACCAAGAAAUUCCGAGUAGAGGAACAGGUCAUGCUGCCCGAUGACCAGACUGACCACCGGCAGUGGACGCAGCAGCACCUGGACGCGGCCGACCUGCGCAUUUCCUCCAUGGCCCCCACCCCACCCCAGGGGGAGAUCGACGCCGACUGCAUGGAUGUCAACGUUCGAGGGCCAGACGGAUUCACGCCCCUGAUGAUCGCCUCCUGCAGCGGAGGAGGGCUGGAGACGGGCAACAGCGAGGAGGAAGAGGACACCCCGGCUGUCAUUUCGGAUUUUAUCUACCAGGGAGCCAACCUGCACAAUCAAACGGAUCGCACGGGGGAGACGGCUCUUCAUUUGGCCGCCCGUUAUGCCCGCUCGGAUGCGGCCAAGCGGCUGCUGGAAGCCAGCGCUGACGCCAACGUCCAGGACCACAUGGGCAAGACGCCCCUCCACGCAGCCGUGUCUGCAGAUGCCCAGGGCGUCUUCCAGAUCCUGAUCCGGAACAGGGCCACCGACUUGGAUGCCCGCAUGCACGAUGGGACCACGCCUCUGAUUUUGGCUGCCCGCUUGGCGGUGGAAGGCAUGCUGGAAGAUCUCAUCAGCUGCCACGCGGAUGUGAAUGCUGUGGAUGACCUAGGGAAGUCUGCCCUGCAUUGGGCUGCGGCCGUGAACAAUGUGGACGCUGCCCUGGCACUACUGAAGAACGGGGCCAACAAGGACAUGCAGAACAACAAGGAAGAGAGCCCCUUGUUCCUGGCAGCCAAAGAAGGCAGCUACGAAACGGCCAAAGUCCUGCUGGACAGCUUUGCCAACCGGGACAUCACGGAUCACAUGGACCGCCUGCCCCGGGACGUGGCCCAGGAGCGCAUGCACCACGACAUCGUCCGCCUCCUGGAUGAGUACAACCUGGUGCGGAGCCCGCCUUUGCACAACGGGGGGCCUCUGGGGGGCCCCACCCUCUCCCCGCCACUCUGCUCCCCCAGCGGCUACCUGGGCAACCUGAAGCCAGGCCUGCAGGGCAAGAAGGCCCGGAAACCGAGCACCAAAGGGCUGAGCUGCAACGGGAAGGAGCCGAAGGGGCUGAAGGCCCCCCGGAAGAAGUCUCAGGAGGUCAAGGGCUGCCUGCUGGACGGCUCCGGAGUCCUCUCCCCGGUCGACUCCCUGGAAUCUCCACACGGCUACCUGUCGGACGUGGCCUCCCCGCCCCUGAUGACCUCCCCCUUCCAGGCCUCCCCUUCCAUGCCCCUCAAUCACCUGCCCGGCAUGCCCGACUCCCACCUCAGCAUCAGCCAACUCAAUCUGGUCAGCAAGGCGGAUCUGGGCCUGGGAGCCAGCCAGAUGCAGCCCUUCGAGCCGGGGCCCCCUCGCCUGUCUCACCUGCCCGUCUCCAGCGCCAGCGCCCUCCUGGGCAGAGCCUCGCUCAACUUCGCCGUCAGCGGGAGCCAGUGCGAGUGGCUGAACCGCCUGCAGAACAGCCUGGUGCCCGGGCAGUACAACCCGCUGAGGAGCGCCCUUCCGCAGGGCACGCACCCUGCCAACCAGGCCCUGCCGCACGGGCUGCUGGCGCCCCUGCACAGCGGCCUCUCCGGCACCCCUCUGGCUCCCAUGAUGACCUACCAGGCGGUCCCCGGGGGCCUCCUGCCCACCCACUCCCAGCCACACUUGCUGCAACCCCAGCAGCAGCAGCCGCCCCCACCGCAAGGCCAUGGCGGGGCCACGAACACUACCCCCCAAGUGGGGGCGAGCUUCCUCGGGAACGAGCUGAGCCAGGCGGAGCUGCAGCAGCCGAUGAAUGGUGGGGCCCUGUCUGUCCACGCCAUCCUGCCGCAGGACACCCAGGUGCUGGCGACCUCCCUGCCCCCCGGCCUGUCCCAGGCCCUGACCACCCCCCAGUUCCUGACUCCGCCUUCCCAGCACAGCUACCCCUCCCCCAUGGACCACACGCCCAGCCAUCAGCUCCAGGGGCCCGACCACCCCUUCCUCACGCCCUCGCCGGAGUCGCCGGACCAGUGGUCAAGCUCCUCCCCCCAUUCCAACGUCUCGGAUUGGUCGGAAGGGAUCUCGAGCCCACCCACCAGCGUGCAGCCCCAGGUGGGGCGCAUCCCAGAAGCUUUCAAGUAAGGGGGGGGCACCUGAGCUGCCCUGUGAGACGGACAGACCCCCUUGGCUGAACUGGAGAAAUCCCUUUUUUCUUCUUUUUUUUUUAAAAAAAAUAUUUUUGCAUACAUUGUAAGUUGGAAACGUCAUUGCGUUCUUCCUCUUUUUUAGUAUUUAUUUAUGUACUUUUUCUUUUAUGUGAAAACACUGCCGUUUUAUUUAUAUGUUCUGUUUAGAAUUCCAUGGGCUGCAUUUACUAUUCCAAGAAAUAGAAAAAAAAAAAUCUAUUAACGGGGACUUUUUUUAAUUGACAUUUUUUUAAAAAAACAACAACAAACGUUUGUAUCAUGCUUUUUUAUUUUUAUUUUUGCCUAGAGAAACAUUCUUCUGUAAAGCUAUAAGAAAAUAUCCAUAAUAGUAAAAUGAUCCGUAUUUAUUGAUCAGGAUAUUUUUUCCUGUUCAUUUUUAAAACAGAAUAAAAAAGGGGGAGGGGCAAUUUUGUUUUUUUUUUUAAAAAUGUACCUAUAUGAGGAAAAAUAAUUUAAAUAUAAGUUGAUGGUUUAUUUUUAAAGAGCGCUUUAAAAUGUUCCCUGGGUGUUUAUGAUAUAUAGAUAUAUAGAUGUAUCGGCUUUCUACAUCUGGAUGCUUCUGGGUGUCUUAGAUUCCCUCCCAAAGUUCCUAGCCCUCAUGGCAGGUGGGAAUUCUGGAAAAAGAGUAUCCGAUACACACUUGGGCAGUCCAAGGAAAUGGGAGAUUGAAAUAGGGCAGUGUUUCCCAGCCACGGCCACUUUAAGGUGUAUCUAACCAUUUCAAGGUGGAUUCCACUCAUCUUAAAAAACACACGGGCUGAGCUGGAAGUCCAAGGAGGAAAAACACUGAUAAUAUGGAUUGUGAAUCUUUGUAUUAAAGUUUCAGUAUUACAUAGUUUUAUCCAUCUUUUUGCAUGAAAGCUGAACGUUUUCCUUUAUUUAUUUUAAAUACUGCCUAUGAUCAAAAACAAGGAUUAGAGGUUUUAAGCUACAUAGUGAAUUCCAAAUGCUUCUCCCCUCUCUCAGAGGUGCCCUUUGUUUGUUGCAAAUGUUGAAAGGAAAGGAAAGCCUGCCCUGGGUCGAGCGUAGAAUAAGAAAGCAAUGCCCUGCCUUUUUUUAACAAGGUUUUUGUGUUCCUAACUCAAUCCUGGGCACUGUACCUACAGUAGUGGCCAAAAUUGUGGAAACCUUAUGGGAAAAGUGUCUUUUCUAAAACUAGCUGAUAACACCACUUUUUUGGGGAGUAGUACCAUAAAAUUAUAUAUCAGUGGAAAGAUAAUUUAAUCAAGCAUGUAAUGCAAUCACUUUUAUGAAGGAUUUGCUAUUAGAAUAGCAGUUACAGUAUAAAGAAGUGAAACACAUAGAAAAAAAUGAGAUAUGCAAAAAUUAUCCCCAUAGAAAAAACGAGAUAUACAAAAAUUAUCACCACGUCAGUUAAUUUACUUAGUUGGGUAACCUUUAGCAUGAAUGACGGCCUUACAAGGUCUUCCCAUGGAGUGAACCAAGACUUUUAGUUCUGCUAAAAUGAUGGGAAACCAAGAUUGAAGGAUGGCUUCUAUUAACUGGGUUUUAUUGCUGGGUCACUUCUGACUAACCAGUUUCUUUAGUCAGAAAAUCCAUAGAUUUUCAGUUGGGUGAAGGUCUGGGCUAUUCCCAGGCUAUUCAUUCCAGCAGUGGAAUAGGAUUAUUUUAUGAAACUCCAAAAAAAAAAAAAAAAAAAAGUGGUGUUAUUAGCCAUCAAACCUCAAAAAUACACUUUUCCCAAAAGGUUUCCACAAUUUUGGCCACUACUGUAAGAACAGCCUAAAGGAAAGACAACACGAACAAGAAAAGAUGUUGAGAUGACUAUGAAGAAAGGUUGAAGGUCUGUUGGGGAACCCAGUAGGGAGAGGGAGGCUCAUCAUCUCCAUGGGAGCAAGACGAUGUUGGCCAUGUGUUGUCUAGAACCCAUCAAGAGAUGGAGAUGACUUCCAUAGGAAGGCAGGAUUGGAAUCUCUUUCCUGGCCUUUCCAGUACUUGCCUUCUAUCUGGCAAUGGGGAGCGGUGGACUCACAGCUUAGGAAGUCCCCAGUUUGGGAAAACUAAUGGAGGUUGGGAGUGAGAAAUGGCGGAUGGGUUUCCAUGGGUUUAGAGUCUUCGGAGGGUCUCAGUCAUCCUGGUCUGGAUGCCUUUUUUUUUUCAAGAGGCAACUGGACUUUAUUUUUAUUUGAAAACAUUUCGCUUCUCACCCAAGAAGCUUCUUCAGUUCUGCUUCAUUGCACAGGAACAGUAGUGUGAAUGGAUGGGUUGGCCCCGAAGCAGCUUCUCGGAUGAGAAGCGAAACGUCUUCAAGGAAAAACAAAGCCCAUUUUGCCUUUUGAAAAAAAAAAAAAAAGAGGACCUUUGGGACAUGGGUUUAAAAGGAUUCCGCCCUUCUAGAGACAGGCACUCGAGAGAGAAAAUUCUCUUCACUGACCAAAGUCCAGGGCAGAAGUUCCAACUUUCCUGCCCGUCUCCUGGCCUCCAAAGGGCACCUGAGCCUUCAUGCACUAGGUCAGUGCCUUGAAGAUGUAGGCAGUGUGGAUUAAAGACUUGCCUUUACUCUGUGUUGCAUCCCUCAACACAGCUGGAGGUGGCUGGAAAAAGACUUCAACUUUGGGGUUUCCAGAGGGGCAGACGGAGGUGGGGGUCCUUAGGAGGCUGGCAGCUGGAAGAAGCCACUGUUGAAACCACUGGGAUGUGGCUCAGCAAAACCUCACCACAACCUGACCACUUCUCCAUAGCAUCAGCUUCUAUCCAAUUUCAGAAAGCUGAUAUCCCUGCAUUCGAUUGCAGGAAUCCUCCUAAUUCACAUGACGGAAUUGCCAUCUUAGAAAGCAAGUUUUUGUCCUUCGGCCAGCAAGAGCCUCCUGCCUUUUAGGAUUCGGCACCUCUGGGGUUUUUUUUGCGACGGUUGUAUUAUUCUCUUUUAGAGAACGGGGGCCGGCAGGGCAAGUGGGGCAGCUGAAUUUGUAUACAAAUAUAUAUAUAUAUACAGUAUGCGCCUAUGGCAAAGCUAAUGUUUUGUAAAUACGGAGUCGGUUUUUUUUUUUUUUUACAUAAAACGAUAUGGGUGGAUUUUGUUUAAAAAAUCUAAAUGAUUAAACUGAAAAGAAAGCAUUGCACUUUCUUUUGGGUUGUUGAAAAUAUUGCUCAAGGGAGGAAUGAAAUCGGCUUAGCUGGUGAGAUUGGGUCCUUCGGAGUAAAUGCUACAUGAAAGUGUUUGACUUAGUCCUCAGUUGAUUAACCAUUCAAAAUUACACUGAAAAUGGGGACUCCCAGCCUCACUCUGACUGAAAAGCUCCAUGGCUCUGAGCAAAAUUCAGGCACUUUUGCAAGCAGCCUGUGCGGAUGGAUGGUUGCAAGAUCCUGGGAUCACGAGAUCGCUAUUUGCAGCUUUCCCGGGCGGGCUUGCAACAAGUGUCAAUGGGGGAAGAAGGAUUUGUUUAAUGACGGUGGCAAAAAAAAGUGGUAAAAUUGGAUAUAACUCAAUGAAAAGCACAUCACUUAGGAAUGGAAGCUAUUCCAGUCCCAAUUGUAGUCAUAAGUCGAGAAUGACCUUCAAAGGAACAUCCUCUGAGAUGCCCAGGUAGGACUGACCUCUAGCUGCAUUGGCAUCUUUGGGUGAGAUGGUACAUAUUGCAUGAACUGUAAUCCUGGGGAAGAUGUUCUUCAGACUUCGGAUGUUGAACACACUGGCACCUUCUUUUGGGGAAUCUGAUCACCUCCCAAGCUUCGUUUUUUUUUCUCCAAGGACCUCUGGAGACCCUCCCCACCUUUAGGAUACAGGAAAGUGUUGGCAUGUCUCUACAAUGAGUGAUUUUUAACACCCGCCUCUUGGUGUCAAAUCUUUUUAUGUUUUAUAAAUUAGACUGUAGUUUAUAAGUCAAGAGAUGUGGGAGAUUAAAACAAACCAACCUGUAAUUUAAAAAAAAAAACCAUUCAAAAGUGUAGUUUGCGAAAAUGAUGCCUUUUAUUUUAUUUUGUUACAUGAUUUGCAAUAAACUAUGUCAGUAGGCAUUUAGAAGCGUU